AUGUGUCUAAAAUCAUGUAUUGCCUACACAGGACCCUUUUCUGAAUACGAGACGUGCCCAUAUUGCCAAUCACCAUGUUAUGAUCCUAAGAAGCUUGCCAGCAGCAAUGGCCAGAUCAAGAUUGCUCAACAAACAUUUCAUACCAUUCCUAUCGGACCCCAGCUUCAGAUUCUUCGCAGUCAUCCUGAAAUAGCAAAGCAGAUACGCUAUCACAGAGAACGUACAAAUGAGAUCCUCGAGACGUUGAGGAAAGGAGGUGGAGUCAUUGAAGAUUACGAUGAUGUCUUCCAUGGUGCUGAGUAUCUGAAGGCUGUCGCAGAUGGAAUUAUCAGCCCUAAUGACAUUUGCCUGCUGUUCUCAAUUGAUGGCACACAACUAUACACCAUAAAGCUUUCUGACUGCUGGAUCUAUAUCUGGAUCAUUCUUGAUCUUAAUCCUAAUCUUCAUUACAAGAAGAUUCACAUCCUUCCUGGUGGUUUCAUACCUGGACCGAACAAACCCAAGAAUAUCGACUCUUUCCUUUUUGUUGGUCUUCACCACCUCUCUGCUAUUCAGAAGAAGGGUUUGUACUGUUGGCGAUAUCCUUCCCUACCUUCCUGGUUCCUUUGA